AUGGGGCUGAGUCCGAGGUGCCGGGCUGAACGUUCCUGGCCCCCAGCCCAGCCCCCAAAUUCGCCCUCCGGGACCCGCUGUCACCGGGCUGCUUUCCACGGCGAGGACCGCGGCUGCAGGACAGAACAGGCCGGGUGCCACUCCUGUGCGGGGGUGGCGGGGGCGCUGGCGCCGCGAAGAACGGGCGGGGCGGGGGGGCUCAAAGCCCUGGCCCUCCGGCCCCGGGCCCAGCGCCUGCGUCCUUCUCCAGCGCCCCACAGCCACCCCGCCCCCAGCUGUCUAAAGGAAGAGGCUCCUGCCGCGCCCCCAGGCCGAAGGAAGCGCGAAGGGGCGAGCACACGCCCGAGGUUGCCCGGUGGCCGAGGCAGGGUCAGGCUGGGACUGCUGGAUGUGCUGGUGAAAGCGAUGGGGCUACCUGUGCGCCGGUGGGAGCAGGGUUUUGCCCCUGGGGCAUCCAAGCUGGAGGGCCUGGACCGCCGGGGCCCCAGUGCGGGGAUGAUGCGAGUCAGCCAGGCGCUCAGGCCUCCUGGGACCCCCGAGAGCCAGACAGAGGAGGCUCUGGUACCGGCCACUGAGCACGCGGCCUGCGCCUUGUGGCCCAUGAGGGCCCUGGUUGAGGACGGCGGUCUGAUGCUCUCACGGCCCCGAGUGGGCUGCGUGUCCAGGCUGCAGCCCAGAGGGGCCUCCGCAGCCCUGGGUGGAUCGGCCGUGUGUGUGCCCCAUCUUCGCAUGUGUGUGCACUUCACGUGUGACCAAGCCGUGGGCCCAGACCUUUCUCGGGUGGGGGCCUGGGGUCAGGAAUCGCCCCAGCAGCCCAGGGUUCCCGAGACGCUGGACUGCCGGGACAGGACAGGACAGGAGAGGUUUCCAGGCUCCUUCCGUGUGCCCUGCGUCCCCGGCCCUGCUGUCUCUGAGGGGCUUAAGAACGCCCCAGAGCUACCCACGACUUCGGCCACUUCGCUUAGAACCAGACACUCGGUUCUGGUGAAGGGGCUCGGGCUCACGCAGGGAUUGGAAUGUUCCAGCGGCCAGUUCCAAGGGUCCACGGCCGCACCCGCCCUGUGCGCCCCCAUCGCGUCUCCCUCCCUAGUACUUGGCUUUCUGGGCUGGGUGGGGGGGCAGGAGCAGGCGGGGGUGUCCCUGCGUUUUAAACACCGUCACGGGACUCUGGGGACAUGUUGGCUGGUCUCCUUCCGGGAGGGCCCAGUCCCCGCCGUGCCAUUUUCAGCAGACGCGGCACAUUCUAUGAUCUACCGUGUCUUCGUUCAAAACAUCUUCAAAACUGACAUCACCUGGGGUUUGCUUUCCACUUCCGUUCUCCGGCCCGAGUUCCCCAGGAUGAGGCUGUGCGCCUCCCCUCUCCCCGUGGCCUGCUCCUGCCGAGCCCACCGAGGCCCCUACUUCUGCAAAUCCACACACGGGUGCUCCCCUCCGUCCCCCUUCUUCAGCCUCCGCGACGGGCCCAGCCAAACUCCCACGUAUCCUGAGAGCUCCCGGACCCUGGUCUUCAAGGACUUUCACCUUAAUGUUGUAUCAGUAAAUCGCUGUCAUAAGGAGACGCGAUACAAAUGUGGCACAGGAUUCGAGGAGUGUCUGGCAGUUGAUUAA